AGAUGAAGCUUGUCGUCGCCAGUUGUGAGGGCGAGUAGCUUGUCGGUGCCUCUGCGCAGGACACGGUAGACCAAGCUGUAGCGUGCUGUGUGUUGAGCCUGCAGUAUCUUGGCAAAGCGGUCAGACAAUUUGCCCAGGGCCUCUGUGGGAGCUUGUGGCCAGAGGAGCAGCAUGUGCCUGCAGUCACGAGCUGAGUAUGUACGUAGCAGAGUAGAUGAGUAGAUGAGUAGCUGAGUAGCUGAGUAGCAGAGUAGCUGAGUAGCAGAGUAGCUGAGUAGCUGAGUAGUCCUGGUCCAUGAGGUCGCAUCCAGCAACUCCACUUCCAGCAAGUGCAACGCCCACACGCUCAAGAUGCCGUCGCUGCCUGUACUUCCCAGCAAGCCAGCUUCCCUCAGGAAUGAUUCUGCAGUACAGGCGCUGUAUACGAAAGCUACUCACGAGUAUCUCGACCGCGACUUUGCUUCAGCCGUCGCAACCUUGCGCACGGCUCAUCAGCAGCCACAGGGCAAGUACGCGCGCAAAGUAUGGCUGCUCUACAUGGCUGUCCUUGAUUCGACCUGCUCACUGGAUGCAAGUGGGUUGAAGGAUCAAUUUGGGAGGGAGGGAAGCAGUGUGCAGGCCCGGUUGCAAGAAGGCACGCUGUGGGAUGAGACGUAUGCACGCUUCGAUGGGAAGCCGCCAUUUGAUGUGAUGGCGAGCUUGAUCAUGUCGAGUGUGCGUCAUCUACAAGACCCUACACAGCUGCAGAGGCGCGUCGAAGACUACCUCUCGACGCUGGAGCCAGAGACAUCUGCGUAUGAACAGACGAUGGAGCUGUAUGCGCUGCAUGUGCUGCCGAAGUGCAAGGAGUGGGACUAUGCGCUAGAGUACAUUGCCUCGAGCGAUAUUGCGCAGGAGAAGAAGGAUGCGUGGACACAGGCGAUCGGGGACAUUCAGGAUGCAGAGGUGUCUGCGUCGGUUGCUGCACUCAGGGAGGAGGAGGAGAGGGUGCGGCUUGAGAAGGAGGAGCGGCGACGGAGGAAGAAGCGCAAGGGUGCGAGUACGGCUGGGAGCAGCAACAAGGGGCGGAGUGCCUCUACGACGACAGAGCCUGCUGCUACUGCUGCUACUAGGCCUGAGGACGCAGACGAUGAGACAUCUGUCACGCAAGACAAGGCCCGUGCUGCUGCCAUCCCUGUUUCAGCUGUGCGGCGCCUGCUGGAUCGCCUGGCCCUGCCCAACAUGCGCCUGCUGCGUGCCGUGAUGCUGCUGCUGCUUGUGCUUGCUGCUUGUCUGCGCUUCCUGCGUGGUCGGUCGCUGCUUCUGUUGCGCAAGAUCUGGCAAACACUCGAAAUGGCGGUGAAAGUGAGCUACAUCUAGCACCAACACCACCAAACAGACCAUGGAAGGAAGCCUCUCCCCCAUAUCCCCAGUCAUACGCCCAGGCCUCAGACCACCGACACCCGCAGCAUCCCCAGCUCCCGUCGACCGCAUCCCCCUCUGGCAGGACGCCGAAGACCCAGUCCUCCGCGACACACGGGCGCACUUCGCCGCCCUCAAGUCCAUCGAGCGCCAGCGCUACCUCGCAGAGCUCCUUAACUUAUGUACAUCUUAUGAAUUAGCUUCCGUCGCGGCCUAUGUCUCCCCGCGCCUCAAGAAGGACUUCCUCAAGUGCCUCCCCGUCGAGCUCGCACUCCGCAUCUUGACCUACAUCGACGACCCAAAGACACUCGCACGCUCCGCCCAGGUCUCAA